CCUUUCUCAAAGAGACUCCAUGUGUAGCACCCGCAAUGUCUUCGCAAUUAAAAAGCUACGCUGAACCAACCGAGAAAGCUUUGAAAUGGAGAAAUAUGCAUUUGAGCGGCUGGGAAGCUUGCACUCGCCCAAUAUUCUCCAACUGCCUACCACUUACGAGGUUCGAGACAACUACCAAAGUUCCACCUCUAUCACGUAUAACUUGUUAUUUCCUUGGGCCGACGGUAAUUUGAAGGAGGUAUUGGAGUCUGAAAAUUUCGCACUUGAUAAGAGUAUUGUUCCCUGGAUAGCCGAACAGUGCUGGAACCUCACGGAUGCCUUGAAAGUCAUCCAUACAGACAUCUGGUUUCACAAUACGCCAGGUUAUAACAAAGCGAACAGACAGUCUUCAGGAUGUCAAAAUUCGGACGGCAGAACGAUUGGAAGAAUUUGAGGUCCCAGUCUGUAACGGUAUAUAAACAAUCCAAUAGUGUUCUACCCAACUAGACAUCGGCUGUUGGUACAGGAACCGGUCUUCCUGUAUCUGGCUACACAUAGAUAUACUUCGUUCCAGCUGCCUUUUUCUUCAUCCUGACAGGAAUUCCGUUUGUACACGCCAUUCUCUAGUGUUAAUGAAUUGGCAAAACAAACGGCGGUGUUCAACC